AUGUGCGGUGGCUACAUACUUGAGGUUGCAGGUGGUAAAGGAGCUCUUGCCACCGCUUUGGGCACCCGCGGGAUGAAAGUCUUGAUGGUGGAUCCACGGCCUCCUGACGUGUCAGACAAGCCGGAUGAACUUGAGAGUGAGGCUGUGGAGGGUGAAGAUGUCCACCCAGUGGGCUCGGUCGACCGCAUUUGCGAGCACUUUGAUGACUCUUCGAUGGAGCUUGUUUUUGGAGCAGAGGUGGUAGUUGCAAUGCACCCAGAUGAGGCCACAGAUGCUAUCGUAGAUGCUGCUCUGACUGCCCAACGUCCAUUUGCGGUGGUGCCUUGCUGUGUGUUUCCACGUCUCUUCCACCACCGCCGCUUGCACAAUGGCGGUGGGGUGGUCGGCUACACUGGCUUGCUGCGAUUUCUGCGGGAGAAGGACCCACGAAUUCGAGCAGCUCGUCUUCCUUUUGCAGGCCGAAAUGUUGUGCUAUACAUGACAAAGGGCGACUUUGCAGCCCAGAAGCAGGAUGACGUUGGACCCCUCCAUGCUCCAAACUGGGUGCGGCCAGAUUAA